AGUUGACAUUGAAAAAAUAAUCAAUAGUUAUAUGUUAGGUGCGAACUCGACAGGUCUUUAUUAAAUCCGAGUUUUUUUUAGUGAUUGGGACGACCCAAGACUGUUCACGUUGACCGCGCUUCGUCGCCGUGGCAUCCCACCGGAGGCAAUCAAUGCGUUUGUAGCGAAAUUGGGUUUGACAAUGACCCAAAUGGUCAUCGACCCUCACGUUUUUGAUGCUACCGUUCGUGAUUAUCUAAAUGUUACUGCGCCUAGGACCAUGGCUGUUCUUGAAGGAUUGAAAAUGACAAUCGAGAACUUUAAUGAAAUGAAUUUACCCUCAAAGGUGACGGUGCCAGAUUUCCCAUCAGAUCCUCAAUGCAACAAAACGCAUGAGGUUGCAUUCGACCGCACGGUAUACAUAGAGAGAUCAGAUUAUAGACAGGUAAGUUACGAGGUUUCGUUCUUUUGUAUAUUUUUAAAUGCAGCGUAUGGUAAUGAUGAUGGCUGCUUCAUCUCCGGAUCUUUAGGUCUCAUCAGUGAUUGGGACGAUCCAAGACUGUUCACGUUGACCGCGCUUCGUCGCCGUGGCAUCCCACCGGAGGCAAUCAACGCGUUUGUAGCGAAAUUGGGUUUGACAAUGACCCAAAUGGUCAUCGACCCUCAUGUUUUUGAUGCUACCGUUCGUGAUUAUCUAAAUGUUACUGCGCCUAGGACCAUGGCUGUUCUUGAAGGAUUGAAAAUGACAAUCGAGAACUUUGAUGAAAUGAAUUUGCCCUCAAAAGUGACUGUGCCAGAUUUCCCAUCAGAUCCUCAAUGCAAUAAAACGCAUGAGGUUGCGUUUGACCGCACGGUAUACAUAGAAAGAUCAGAUUAUAGGCAGGUAAGUUACAAGAUUUCGUUCUUUUGUAUAUUUUUUAAUGCAACGUAUGGUAAUGAUGAUGGCUGCUUCAUCUUCGGAUCUUCAGGUGGAGCUUAUAGAUUUGAAAGAGUCUAA